UACCCGCUGUUUACAUUAUUAUAUUUCCUCAUUAUGCCUUUCAUUUCACACAAUGGUCCAUGUCGACAGCUAUUAAAGUUAUCAAACCUGUCCACAAAUGUUAUUAGUCUGUGAUAAAAGCGCCAGCUAUACAUAGCAUUCUUCAGCUCUGAAAGAUCGCUUGUUACAAAUAUCGAGCGCCGACAUUCGUACUAUUGCUGGAGGUUUUUUUUUGUGGCAGUCACAAUUGUCAUGGUGCUGGUUCUCCUUUUUGUCAGCGUGUUGACUGGCUCAGCUGCCAUUGCAUGCACUUGGAUGCUGCUGAGUGCUACCCUAACCGCAGUUAUUGCCUGCGCAUUAUACGACAACCCCCUGUGCAACAUCAACAAUGACGACGACCUCAGCAAUUUGCAUCAACUGAACUGACGGGGCCGCUUCUAUUGAUCGCCCUACGUCCCUUUCGUGUACACGUGUUGACGGCAAGCUACACGUACAGACAAUUUCUGUUGUCUUUGACUGCUGCACGUGUAGGAGACUCAUUUUUCAGUGGUCGUACGGUGUUAACGACACUCGGCUGCUGUUGUCCCACCUGUGUGUCUCUCUGUGUCGGUAUUUCUGCAUGAAUUAAGUUUAAUGAGAUGUGUUUGCCAUGCAUAGACACAGUAGCUGAGACGCAUCACUAAUUCUGGCCUUGUCGAGGCCCCUUGGAGAGAGUGAAUUCUAAUGAGCCGUUGUGUUGAUAGUCAGCAUGGAGGCCAGAGUUGAACAGGCAAAACUCUUCGGCAAGAAGUUUGCCCGCACCAACAAGUUCAUCCACACCAACAAGCUAUGGAUGCAGACCAUCCCCACGCGGGACUGCGACGUCCUGAUGACGUUCCCAGCCAAGACGGACGACGACACGCUGAUGUGGCUGCUGUCGCGGCUGCGGGCCAGAACGCCCGAGCUGGGCGUGCACGUGCGUCACCACGGCAACACAGGAGUCUAUGGCUUUUACCUGACCGCUAGAUAUUCCAAUCUGUUGAAAGGUGCUGAAGAUCUGGGCCUGAGGAAGCCCAUUAAGGAAGAGUACGGAGGGGGUUUGAAGGAAUUCACAUGUGCUGAAGAGGGCAUCUUUGAAGGAGUGGACAACAAAAAGGAGUUCUUUUCAUCUCAGCAACGCCAGGCCAUUGUUCACCACAUGCUGCUGAAUCUGAGGGCCAUCGAGGGGGAUAAGCUGGGCAAAAUCAAGUUUCUAGAAGCCCAAGCAAUUGUUCCCAAGCUGUUGUCUAAGGGAAUAGUCACGCAGGUUCUGCCGUUGCACAACAGCGAGGCCUUAGCCAGUCUCAAAACAAACUGGGUCCAAGCGGUGUUCCGUCUACAACCAAUAGAUGACAUAUGCGCCUAUUUUGGAGUGAAGAUUGCCAUGUACUUUGCCUGGCUGGGUCAGUACACUAAGGCUCUCAUCUUUCCAGCCUUGCUGGGUGCUGUCCUGACAUUCUAUACAGAGAGCAAUCAGGAGAGCGAAGACUUCAACUUUGUCAUCUUCACCAUGUUCAACAUCAUCUGGGCCACCUUGUACCUGGAAUCAUGGAAGAGGAAAGGGGCGGAGCUAGCCUACCACUGGGGGACGCUGGACUCCAAGCACGAGCUCAUUGAAGAUCCAAGGCCACUCUAUACGGGUGACCCUCAAAUCAGCCCCAUCUCCGGCCGACUGGAGCCCCACUUCCCAGCCUGGAAGCGAAACCUCUUCCGUUACUUUGUGACCUUACCCAUCAUCCUCCUGUGUCUGGCCAUAACCUUUGGCAUCAUCCUGACCCUGUUUGAGCUCCAGGAGUUUGUCAAUCGGCAGAUCGAGAAGGAACGCUUUUCAGGCUGGGUGGGUGUAUUACCCAAGAUCUUACUAGCCCUUGUCAUCUACGUGUUGGAGGAGUUUUAUAAGAAAAUCGCCCACUGGUUAAACGACAAAGAAAACUACCGGCUGCAGGCCACGUUUGAGAACCAUCUCAUCAUCAAAUUGGUCGUGGUUCAGUUUAUCAACAAUUUCCUGGCCUUAUUCUACAUUGCUUUUUACCUUCAAGACAUGAAGAGGCUGAAACAGACUCUUGCCACCACCAUCAUCACCAAGCAAGUGAUCGGCAACAUCAAGGAGUCCCUCCUGCCUUACGUCCUGGAGAAGUUGAAGGUGUACCAGAUGACCUACAAGCUGGUGCAGGGCAGUGUGGACAUGGAGGACGGAGCUGAUGAUGAGCCGAAGACAGAGAAACCCAAGACAGACAAGGAGGAUAGUGGCACCGAUGACGUUGAAAACUUAGACGCUGCACCCGAUGAUGAGCAGAAGGAACUGUACCACAGCAAGGAGCCCAAUGAGAAGUUCACAUUGACACAGGCGGAGGUUGAGAGCUCCAUGAAGACAUACGAUGACACCUUUGAAGACUACUUAGAGAUGUUCAUCCAGUUUGGCUACGUCAUCCUCUUCUCCUCUGCGUUUCCGCUGGCCGCGGUCUGCGCACUCAUCAACAACGUCAUUGAGAUACGCAGCGAUGCCUUCAAGCUGUGCUCCAGCAUGCAGCGGCCGUUCAGCCAACGGGUAGAGAACAUUGGCACCUGGCAGGAUGCAAUGGAAGUGAUGGGAGUUAUUGGUGUCUUGGUCAAUUGCGCCUUGCUGGGUACGACGGGUCAGAUAUCCAGGGCAUUCCCUGGCUUGGCGGUAGCUGGCGUCAUUCUGGUGGUCAUGUUCCUUGAGCACUUCAUUCUUGCGAUCAAGUUUGCGAUCGCCUACGCCAUUCCAGACAUUCCACACUGGGUCUCCAUGGAGAUGGCCAAACUAGAAUACCACCGAAGGGAAGCACUCAAGAAACUUGAGCUAGCCACCUUGCAGAGCACCAAGGAGAACCUGUGCCGAGAGUCCAGCAUGUCGACCACCGCUGCUACCUCCGAGAAUUCUAGAGACGCCCCUCAACACCAGCGAGUCGUCGAGAAACCCCGGAGCCUCCCCAGCGAGGAGCCGGUCAAGCCCAAGAAGCAGGAGACCAGCCGGGUCUGGCCCCCGGCCAUGGCCGACGUAGCAGCCAACUACAACGUCUUCAAGGACCUGGAGAAGAUCCGGAGCCCCCCGACCUCCCCCACGGAGCCGGACACGCCCAUCAGUUUGGUGACCCCCAAAUCUGACGAGGAGAAAAAGAUGGAAUGAAAGAAUGAAGUGGAAAAAAACAGGUGAUUUUCAAUCAAAGAUAACAAUUUUUU